AUGUUCAAAAGAAAACUAAUUUCGAACAAAAUUGUACUGAAACAACUAUUAUAUGAAUGGAUUGUGAACUCUGACUUCUCAAGGUCAUCACUUCUUGUUGUCCUCCUUUUCUGCCUCAGCAACUCUCUUGAGCCUAGCACCAAGGUGACGCUUGUUUGUGCGUUCAAGGCGGAGCUUGUAGUAAGCUUUGAAUGCCUUCAUUUCAUCAAAUCAACCUUCAAGGAAUCUGGAAAUGAAAGCAGCAACGACCUUCAUAGCAGCAACUUCAACAUCAGUCUGGGUGGAAUUGUUGGGGGCGAUGGAGGAGGGCGUGAUUGCGGAGUUGGAGUUGGAGUAGGAGGCGGGAGCAAGGGUGAAGAAGAGGAAGGUGGUUGGUGUGGCGAAGGAGUGGAUGCCGGUGGUGGAGUUUGA